AUGGUUCUCCACCUGAUCUCCAAGGUGGUGACGUUUGUCCAUCUGUUCGCUCAGGCACUUGAGCACCUGUUCGCUGGGCGCUACGUCCAGGGCUGGAAGCCUCCUGCGCCCCCAGCUCCCCCUCACCUCCUGGCUCCCUCUUCUCCCCCAUACCCGGCUCCCCUCCCGGUCCCUGCACCCCCGACCCGCAAGGCCCGGCUGGGCGUGCUGCUCAGCUUUGCGCUGCUGGCGGCCGCCGUGGCCAGCGACUACUGGUACCUCCUGCAGGUGGCGGACGCCGGCAACCACAGCGGCCACGGGCAGCUCUCCUCCCACUCGCGGCUCUGGCGCAUCUGCGAAGGGCAGAACAGCUGCAUCCCCCUGAUUGACGCCUUUGCCAGCGAGAGCCUGGGUGCCUCUACCUUGGUGCAGCGCCUCAUCUGCAAGGCUCAGAACCCCCUCAUCCUAGACCCACAGAACUACUUCCAGCUGGACCCUAUCACCCUGGCCAGUGGGCAGAAGCUUCCGAGGCUGUGUCUGCACACCCACCUUGGCCAGGGGCCCAGGCAGGGCAGGCGCCCCCAGCAGGCAGACGUGCUGAGUGGUCACUCCACACCCCCUCCCCUGGGUGCCCUGACCCUGGCAGGGGUCAGCACCUACAUCAGCUACUCACACCUGGCCUUUGCUGACGGCCCCCGGCACGUGCAGGACAUCCGCAUCAGCUUUGGCUGGUCUGCGGCGCUGGCCCGGGACUCCUGUCCCUCAGCGGCACUCAGCGGCAUCCUCCUGCUCACGGCGCCCGAGCCCUCAGCCUGA